GAAUAUUUGACCGGAAGUGUUGUUAUUGCUCUGCCUGUGGCGCAUGAUAGAAAACUGCUGCUUCCGCGCUUCUUCCUUGUUUAUUUGGUUUUACACAAAAAAGGACCCUUUAAAGUUAUUUUUUUCUUUCCCCAUAAACGGGAAUACCUACGCCACAAGAUUCUUAAAUCGCAAACUUCUGGAAGUGCUCACACGGCGGAAACUGCCGAAGUCUGAUCCGACAUCCCAACCAAGUGUGCCUUUGAGUUUCGGUCUGAAUGGCCACAGCUGCAGAGGAGCCUCCUGAGCUGCAGGGCCCCUCUGGAAAUUCAAUUGGGACCCGAAAAAAUGGUUCUGCCGAGAGUCCAAGCACCAGUUACAUGUCCCCGGCCAUGAAAAAGACAAUUGGACAUCGUGGAAUUGAUCGCACUGGGGAAACGACGUACAAGAAGACAACAUCUUCAGCACUACAAGGCGCCAUCCAGUUGGGUAUCGCGCACACAGUGGGCAGCUUAACUCAGAAGCCUGAGAGAGAUGUGCUGCUGCAGGACUUUGAAGUAGUUGAAAGCAUCUUCUUUCCUAGUGAGGGCAGUAACCUGACACCUGCCCACCACUAUGGAGACUUCAGGUUCAAGACCUACGCCCCAAUGGCCUUCCGGUAUUUCAGAGAGAUGUUUGGCAUCCGACCUGGUGACUACAUGUACUCCCUGUGUCAUGAGCCGAUGAUUGAGCUAUCAAACUCUGGGGCGAGUGGAUCUCUAUUCUACGUCUCCAGUGAUGAUGAGUUCAUAAUUAAGACUGUGCAGCACAAAGAGGCAGAGUUUCUGCAGAAACUGCUCCCAGGUUACUUCAUGAACCUGAACCAGAACAAACGUACCUUAUUACCAAAGUUUUAUGGACUCUACUGUGUCCAGGCAGCGGGUAAGAACAUCCGUAUAGCAGUCAUGAACAAUCUCCUCCCGAGCGCCGUACAAAUGCACUUCAAGUAUGAUUUAAAGGGCUCCACCUACAAGCGGCGGGCCUCCGCUAAAGAGAGAGAAAAGUCUGUGCCCACAUACAAGGACCUGGACUUCCUGCAGGACAUGCAGAACGGGCUGUUACUGGAGGGGGACAAGUAUAGUGCGGUUUGCAAGACCAUCCAGAGAGACUGCCUGCUUCUGCAAAGCUUUAAGAUUAUGGACUACAGCCUUCUUGUGGGAAUCCACAAUGUCGAUCAAGCGUUUCAAGAACAGGCCAGCAAAGCGGCAGUGGCCGGGGCUGUGGACCACCGGAAGCCACAAGGCCAGAAGUCCCUGUACAGCACUGCUAUAGAGGCCAUCCAGGCUGAGGCAGGGAGCAUGGGAUCACCGGAGACAGAGGACCAAACGGGAGGAAUCCCAGCAAGAAACUCAAAAGGGGAGCGGCUGCUGGUGUAUAUCGGUAUUAUCGACAUCCUGCAGUCCUAUAGAUUAGUAAAGAAGCUUGAACACUCGUGGAAAGCUUUGGUUCACGAUGGGGACACUGUAUCGGUACACAGACCCAGUUUCUAUGCAGAAAGAUUCCAGAAGUUCAUGUGCCAAUCAGUCUUCAGGAAAAUCUCACUAAAGACCUCGCCAUCUAAGAAGCGGCGUAAUCUGCCACAUGGUCCUUUGAGGAAGCCAACAGGCACUGGGCCCUUUCUGAUGACCCAAACAAGUGGCAACAGCCAGCAGUCUUUCCUCCAACACCAAGUCAGCUCUGAGAACAAAGAAGAGACCGAAGGAGACAACGUCAUGCAGUCUGUGCGUCCUGACCUCCUACCAAAGACCUUGCCGCCCAGCAACGAUGCUGGCAGCGCUACUGAAACCCCCGUCUCCUCCUCCUCCGCCUCCUCUGAGAACCAUGGAUGUGUUGCCACAAGUCAGCCUCUGCCUCAUCCUCAGGACGUGAACAUUAACAACACACAGGCCAAAGACCAGGAGCUCAACUCCCUAAAAAAAGCUCAGUACGACGAGGAUGUGAUCUCACUCAAUGACAUUUCACCUAACGCAGGCAAAUGUGCUGUCUAAAUGAAUGAACUUAAAUGAACCGAGACCAACUUGGAGGAUGUCACGGCCGUGGUUGAAAUGUAAUUACUCCACCUGGUUUGACCGAGGUAAAGUUUACAGCACCUCGGCAAAGUGGGACAUUAAAUGUUGUGGCUGUUAUUGUUUUGCACUAUGAGUGCCAAAUCUCAGCAUAGUAUGAGCAUGUCAGUGGGUGGUUUUGUCCUGACACUAGUAAUUGCGGGUGCAUUGAUCUGUUGUUAUUGAACACUAUUCAUCUCAUAGCAAUGCUUCCAUGCAAAAACAAACUUCAGUUCUCGAAACUCAGCCGGCAAUUAAUUGUCUUUUUUUUUAGAAUUACUUCAACUGUGUUUAACAGAUGCUGUAGCGCACCGCUGAGCGCACUCAUCUCUGUAAAGUGUCUGUCCCGCCACCCAAAGGGCCGAGCCCACACUAGGGCUCCUGCUACAUUGACUUGGAUGUCUUCACACAAAACCAUAUAUUUGGUUUGGGAACAUGUACAACUUUUUUUUAAAGCAAUUUCCGCGUACAUUGUUGGGACGCUGAGGUUUUUUACGCCUACUCUGAAUGUGCAUCGUGCUGGAAGAAGAGGUGAUCCUCACCUUGUGGCUUUUAUUUAACCAACUGUUAAUAAUCAACUGUGAAUCCUUAACGUCACCUCAUGUUCAGGUUAAAGGGUUUUAUUAAAAUAUUUUUUAUACUUACACUGUACAGUUUUAUCAGUUUCAGAUUUGUUUGUAGACUGGCUUUUGUCUAAAUGUGACCAAAGAACUAAUACUCUGUCAGUUUCCCACUGAUUGAUGAUUGGAGAGGAUUGACUUACAAAUUGACAUGGCUGAAUGAAUAGAAACACUUAGUGUCAUUACAUGGUACAAUCACUAAAUUAUGUUAUUUUUAAUGGUAACAUAGUAAAUGUUUGCAUUAUAAGCAGGUGUCGAUAUGUUGCAAUAAAAUGGAAUAAAGGCCGUUUUUAAAAGAGGAUCAAACGUUCUGUUUCAGAGUAUUCCUAUUGGUUCAGCUCAGUACACAGUAAUAACGUUCUAACACUGCAGCGCUGGAGAACAUGAUGGGAUUUUUAUAUAGUCAUGAAUAACAAAAGAUCGUCGGCAUUGUUAGGGUAAUUUUUGUAAAGCCUCGGAAGCUAGUCUCCACUAAUUUCAGAUUGCAUAACAAUAACACUACUGGUUUUUGGUCCACUCCAAACUGCGCUACUGAAACAGAAAAGUAAUGGCAGCAGUAUCAGUUUGGACCUGAAAAUGUAGUGAUUUGCACAAUCGCCUGUCAAAGAAAGUGACAGCUUCUGCAACUUGUUCUUAUGGCACAUGAGUGUAAAAACAUUUUAGUAUGUUUGCUUUUGGAGGAUUUUUUAAUGUGUUUUUUUUUCUUGACUGUUGAUGUCUGUCCCUUGUUUUCUUGAUUUACUUUCACUAAAGUAACCAGGAGUGACCAAAAAGAACUAGCGAAGGAUGUACUGGUCAAAAUAAAUGUAGAAAUAUCUGUUGGUUAGAGUUUGGACUUUCCUGCUGAAUCUUUAAAACUAUAAACAUGGGUGGAACAACAUUUCUUUCAUGUAUUUUUUAAUUUACACUCCCAACUAUUUCUAUACCAAGUUAAAAAUCUAUGUUCAAAUUUUAAUAUAUGGAUUACUCAAAUUUGAGGCAUCUAUUUUUCUCCUCUGUACUCUUGUCAACCAGAUAUGAAAGUGGAUAUUUUCUCACCAAUUAACAUGUAUGGUGGUUUGAUUGUUGUAUUUUAAGCUUUUUCUUCUUCUAUUAAAACAUGGGUUUUGCAUCAA